UCGAUGUGUGUGGAGGGAGAUUUGUGGCCUCAGAUUUUGGGUUUGAAUCACUGAGACCACAUGACUGAAAAGAAAGAAAGGAAGUAUGAACCCCAUCUCUCUACAUCCAAGAGGCGCCACAAUGGUUGGUUCUCAUUCUGAAAGAUGAAGGCGAAGAAGAAGACCCCUAUGCGUCUUCCAUGGCCUUUCAUUGCGCUCGUUACUCUUUUUCCCCUUCCCCAAGCAAACCCAAGUUCAAAUUAGUGCUCGGAAACAAGCCUGCGGUUCUGUUUUCUUCCCUUCGAUCCACUCGGGCUUCUUACAAUACUCUCGUCUCUGAGGCUGUCAGGAUAUUGGUUCCUCCAGCAAGAUUUGAAGCUUCAAAGUUAAAAGUUGAAUUCACUAGGGAGGUGAACAAGUGUGCAGGAAUCACCCCAAGAACGUAUAUACUAUCGCAUUGCGACUUCACCGCUAAUCUCACCUUAACCAUCUCUGAUGUUAUCAACCUUGAUCAGUUGAGAGGUUGGUACAACAAGGAUGAUGUGGUUGCUGAGUGGAAGAAAGUGAAAGAUGAAAUGUGUCUUCAUGUACAUUGCUAUGUGAGCGGUCCUAAUUCUUUGCUUGAUCUUACUGCUGAGUUUAGAUACCACAUUUUCUCCAAAGAAUUGCCUCUAGUACUUGAAUCUGUCUUAUAUGGAGAUUCAAUUCUAUUUAGGGAGAAUCCCGAGCUGCUAGAUGCCUUAGUCAGGGUAUAUUUCCAUUCCAGUUCACAAAAGUAUAAUCGACUCGAAUGCUGGGGGCCACUCAAGGAUGCUGUACAGGGGAGGCAUCAUCAUAUGCAAGGGCUCCUAAGGGCAAGCCAGGAUGUGUCCUCUCCUAAAAAGUUGAGAACUCCCAAAUCAAUUUUUCAAGCUCUCUUUGCCUUCCUUCUCUGAACUUCAUUGCAUCAACUGGUAAACUGCUAAUCUCCAAGAAGUAGCUAUCUUUUAAGUUUUAACAUCCAUUUAAUGUAAUUCCUUUGUGGAAGGAGCAAAAGAGUACUCUUGGGUUGUUGAAUGUGUGGGAGAGGUAAUUCUGUGGGUCAGUUUAUUCUUUGGCCCAAAAAAAAAAAAAAAAGGCAGAUUUGUUCCUGCAAUUCUUGUGUAAAUGACAAUAUACUUUUAAACCAUUUAGUCCAUGAACUUUAGUAUUC